AUGGCGGCUGCGUUUCGCCCUGUCAACACCCCACUAGCAGCGGAAAUUUCCAGGCAGGACAUCAUGUCACCGAAAAACUCGUCCCCUCGCCCCAGCACGGCGCCGCAGUCUCAGCUACAGCCCGCACACUCGCCCGACGAUGGCAAGACGCCGACCCGAGCGUCCUUUAACAGCAUCAACAUGGCCAGCCAGAGACCCUUGCCGCCGAGUCCGUUUCCCCAGGUGACGCCCGUAGCUGAGUCUCCCGAGGACGCACUCCACCACGAUGGCUCACAGCACUCCAACAAGUCGCCCAACCGAAACUCGCUGGACGUAGACAUGGACGACUCGGACGGAGACUUGGCCGAUGAUGGUGCCGGCUCCGAUGCCGAGAGCGUGAAUGCCGAUGGAACAAGAUCGAAUAAGAAGAAGAAGUCCCAGCGCUUCUACUGCACCGACUAUCCACCGUGCAACCUGAGCUUCACGAGGAGCGAGCACUUGGCUAGACAUAUCCGAAAACACACCGGAGAGCGACCUUUCCAGUGCCACUGCUCUAGGCGAUUCUCGAGGUUGGAUAACCUAAGGCAGCAUGCCCAAACCGUCCAUGUCAAUGAAGAUAUCCCCAUCGACUCUCUUGCGGCUACUGGUUCGAGAUUUCAGCGGCAAAUCAGGACCGAUAGGGUUCGUCAAGCUGGUAACAGGGCGAGGGCGUCUACCGGUGGCAGCGCCGGCGGCCCCGUUCGAGGACAUUCAAAGUCUCUCUCGACCUCUAGCAUAUCCAGCAUCUCGUCUGUGGCAUCGGCCUACAGCCCCCAGAAUGAUCCUCGCCGACGGCCUCCUCCUCUCGUCAUGGCAGCUGAUCCCCGCUCCAGGCUGUCUCUGGAAUCCUACCGUAGCAGCACCGACAGCACCUUUUCCUACCGACCCCAGUCUCCCGGAGAUUUCAGUACGCCGACAUCUGCCACGUUUUCGACGGCUCAAAGCAGUCCCCGAUGGGGACCUAGCGUGGCGUCCCCGGCGUCCCACUCACACUCGCGAUCUCAAAGCAUGUACGUCGUGGGUUCUCGACCUCCCGGUCGUCGGUUGAGCGUUCCCUCAGGAGCCAACCCCUUCCAGUACAGCCAGGUUCAACCUCCAGGCCGCUCAACCGUUGGACCCCCGCUCAUGAACAGCUCUCACUCUGCUGCCUUUCAACCUCCGAACGCGAACCUGGUUUCUUCGCCAACCGUUUCGCCUUCUGUAUUUUCUGGUAGAAGAGAGUCUAUUGCCAGCACUGGCGAGGAAGCAUGGCGGCGGCGAACCUGGCAUCCUGACAGCCGUAGCUUCGGCAGCACUGCACAGCUAAACGCGGCUCUCAGCCAAUCCGUGCGGCCGAAUCCCCCGCCGCCUAUCGCGAAUCCCACAGGCCCGCAGUCCAACCUUCGCCUUCCUGGUAUCGAGUCUUUUGAUCCUCUUCCUCGUUCAGCCUCACCCCCGAGGCGUAACGCAUCUCCCAUGAGCGUCGACCACGAACCUGCUCUGCGACCUCCGGUCAUGGAAGCCAUACAAGCUGAUGAGAGGCGAAAUCUCAACAUGUAUGAUGUCAGCUUGCAGCGCGGUUUGGGCCGUCUUGACAUAGGACACAAGACUCCUCCUCGCGACAGCGCCGGGAUGUGGGCAUCUGAAGUCCACAAGGCGGUCCAAAGCAAGGUCGAUCAGGCACGCCUGAAUCAGCCAACGGUCCGAUUUGAGGAGCAGCCAAGGCCAAGCCACCAGAUCCAGCCUUCAGCCCCCCAGGGUCGAUCGUUUCACCAGCACACCAUGUCUGCUCCUACCCUUGCUAGAGAAGCAAGGGGCCACGGGUGGCAUCAAUCUCCUCAAGAUAUGCGAGACCCCCGUGUAGAUCGAAUGGUGCAUCCCAACUUCACUGGUUUCGCUGGUUUUCCAGCACGAGAGCCUCAGGAGCACCCACAGCAGCAGCAUUACCACCAGCAACAGCCGCUUCAACAGCAACAAAUGCAGCAGCAACAGCAACAGCAACGCCAACAGCAGGAGCGUUCGAACAACCCUGAAUCGUUGAGACGACUUGAAGCUUUGGUGGCCGUUGCUACCAGUGAAGGCUCUAAUACCGCCGCCGCCUACUAA